AUGGUUUAUGUUUCUAUUGUUACAAGCCAUUACACCGCUACAGUGACUGCCCUAACCGUAAGGCGAGCAGUCCCAAAUGAAAAACAAUUCCACAACAACACCGUCACACUAGCUCCCAUCGUGUCCGCUCCCCAUCCACUCGUAGGCAACAGUUGCCAAAUUAAAAUGUUUAUUAAAGAAAAACCUGUCAAUGUUUUAGUGGAUACUGGUUCCCCCACAUCAUUUAUUAGAGCCGAUAUUGCUGACAACCUCAAGUUAACACGUUCUACCGCUCCGCCAUUCCGUUUUAGAGGUGUUGUAUCAUCCGAAUCGUCAUACACUAACGAAUCCACCGAAAUUUUACUUGAACUCGAUGACAUAAAAAUUAAAACACCCGUAUACAUAACUGAUGCUAUUACUUUUGAAAUCAUAAUAGGACACCCGAUUAUAUCAUCUCACCCGCUGCUCCACAAGAUAUUAAAUAACAAGAAACCGGUCCCUGAAUACAUUGUAUCCGUACUUACCGAGAAUGAUACCGAAGAAUUAGAUGUUGAAAAUGCUGCUGCUGUGUUUGCUAUAAAGAUUUCUGAAACAGAUACAGAUGAUCGAUUUGAUAAACUACCUCGCUGGUUAAAAGAGAAAUAUUCUGCUACGGUCCGCGAUGAUUUACCACCUAAGAAAUUCGCUGAACCUCCAAAGGUUGAACACGAGAUCGAAAUUAAGCCGGGUGCACGCCUGCCUAGAAGACAGCCAUAUCAGACGACACCAAAAAUAGAACAAGAGAUAAACCUGAUCGUUGCCGACCUUCUCGAAAAGAAAUUCAUUGUACCCUCCAAGUCACCCUGUAGUUCACCAGUGGUUCUAGUUAAAAAGAAAGAUGGUACAUAUCGUUUAUGUGUGGACUACAGAGCUCUAAAUACUGUGACAAUCAAAGACCCGUUUCCAUUACCUAGAAUCGACAACCUAUUGGCCAAGAUUGGCUCUUCAACCAUUUUUUCAACUUUGGACCUCCACUCAGGGUAUCACCAAAUACCUAUGAAAAUGGACGAUCGUUUCAAAACCGCUUUUGUUACUCCUAAUGGAAAGUAUGAAUAUACCGUCAUGCCGUUUGGUCUCGUUAAUGCUCCAAGCACGUUUGCUCGUUAUAUGGCUGAUUUAUUUAGGGACUUACCAUAUGUCUGUGUUUACCUCGACGAUAUUUUAAUUCACUCCCGUUCCGUUGAUGAACAUUGGAAACAUAUAGACAUCGUAUUGCAAAGGUUAACUCAAGAAGGAUUAAUUGUAAAAAAGAAAAAAUGUAACUUUGCCGCUAAAUCUGUUGAAUUUUUGGGAUACACUAUCUCUGCUAAUAAAAUCCAACCGUUGAUCUCGAAAUGUGCAGCUAUAGAACAAUUUCCCACUCCCAGAACAAUUAAAGAAGCUCAAAGAUUUUUGGGUAUGAUAAACUAUUAUAGACGCUUUAUACCCCGCUGCUCUCACAUCCAACAACCGAUUCAGGAUUACAUACAUGGUAAAAGUAAGUGGUCGACGGAUCAAGAUGAGAGCUUUAACACAUUAAAGUCACACCUAAUCUCAAACCCAAUAUUAGUCUCCUUUAAACACGAUGGUCAUUACAGAUUAACAACCGACGCUUCAAAGAAUGGAUUAGGUGCUGUACUCGAAGAAGUGAAUGAGCAAGGAAAAAUUCUCGGGGUCGUGGGUUAUUUUUCAAAAACUUUACAAGGCGCUCAAAAAAAUUACUCUGCUGGAGAUCUUGAACUCCUAGCCAUUGUCGAAGCCUUAUCACAUUUUAAAUAUAUGCUUCAUGGCAUGCAUUUUAUAUUGAGAACAGACCAUAUUAGUUUACUAACGGCACAAAAGAACAAAGAACCCUCUCGUAGAGUAAUUAAAUGGUUAAAUGAAUUAGCCGAAUAUGAUUUUAAACUAGAAUACUUAGCAGGUCCAAAGAAUGUAGUAGCUGAUGCUAUUUCCAGAGCAGAUUACAAUAUUGCUGCUAUUGAAGAUGCUGCCGUCACAUUAGAUCCGAAAAAUUGGUACGAAGAAUACCUAGCUGACCCAUUAUGUGCUGCCUGUUUUGUUUAUAUUACCAAACUUGAUACAAAAGACUUACCCAUUUGCAACUCAUCAUUGUUCAAGAAAUAUAUGAAGAAAUUGAACUUAUCAAGAACCUUUCGCCAUUGUUUUACAAUUAAUGACAAUAUUAUUUACUUUAAAGAACGCUAUGUUGUUCCCGACGCUAAACGAAAUGAAGUCCUUCGAAUAUAUCACGACCAUGGCCUUUAUGGUGGUCAUUUCGGUUCAACCGUUACAUACAAUAAAAUUGCAAGUCGUUAUUAUUGGCCAAAAUUACACCACUCUGUUAAUGAAUAUGUCUCUUCCUGUAUACAAUGCCAGUUGAUUAAAUCUCAUCGCCCUAAUAGACAGGGCUUAUUGAUGCCUUCUGAAGUUCCCGAAGGUCGAUGGUUAAAUAUUAGCAUAGAUUUUGUAUCUGGUUUACCUAAAUCAGAACAAGGUAACGACAUGAUUAUGGUUGUAGUCGACAUGUUUUCAAAAAGAACUCACUUAAUUGCUGGUAGUUACCCAUUUGAUACUACUUCCGUUAUUAAUGCUUUAUUCCGUUAUAUUUUCGCUUACCAUGGAUUUCCAUAUUCCAUUACUUCAGAUAGAGACCCUCGUUUUACCUCUACAGAAUACCAAGAAAUGGCAAAAAGGUUGAAUAUAAAAUUGAAAAUGUCCACAGCAAAUCACCCACAAACAGAUGGUCAAACUGAACGUACAAUACAGAUCCUUAAUAGGUUAUUAAAGACUUAUACUGGUAACAAUCAUAGACAAUGGGAUCGUUUACUUCCUCACAUCGAAUUCGUCUAUAACUCUACUCCCAAUCGCGUAACCAAGACAGCUCCUUUUGAAGUAGAUAUUGGAUACAUCCCUAAUGAACCAAUCAUAGUUACAGGAGAUGCUGUUUCUUCCCGUCAUGAUUCAACACAAGAACUAGCCACAAAGUUGAAAGCACUUACUUUACGCACAAAAGAUUUCUUAACUGAGAAUCAGAUCAACAUGGAAGUUACACAUAACAAAGGGAGGAAGGAAGUUACCUUUGAAAUUGGUGAUUUUGUACUGCUACAUCGUGAUGCUUAUUUUAAGAGAGGUCAAUAUCUAAAGCUACAACCCAUAUACGUUGGCCCAUUUAAGGUAGUUAAGAAAAUAAAUGACAAUGCUUACGAAUUAGAUUUACCUUCGACGAAAAAGACUCACAGAGUUAUUAAUGUUGAGAAAUUAAAACCGUUAAAACGUAGAAAAGACCGCUAUCCAAAAGAUCCGCCUAAUACUGCUGCCGAAAGGAAAUUAAGAGUACAUGAAAUUAUUAAUGUAGUCGGUUACGAUAAAGAUAACAAAGUGUUUUAUUGUCAUAUGGAAGAUGUUGAUCCGACUAUUACAGUAGAAUAUCCAGUAGAAGAAUUUAACUUACUCCCAACAAAUAUUGGUCAAUCUUUAAUUGACAAUUUCGUACAAUUAUGGAAACAAGGUUCCCAAGAGAGAGAGGAAGAUGUUGUGGAAUAG